AUGUUACUGCUAGCGCUCCGCAGCAUGUUCUUCCUGGCUGUCCUCGUCGGGUACAGCUCCGGGAUUUGGCGAUUAAUCAACGAUUACUUCCAUAGAGAGUUCAAAAGUUUUCUGGAGGAGGAGGUGAAGAAAAACAAGUACCUGCUGGAGGAUCCAACAGCGCCUGAAACUAAUAGCGACCAGCUGCCGGUAGUGAAUAAUGUCCCAGCGGAUAAUGCCCUCAAGCAGUCAUCCGCACCGGUCUCUUCCAAUCGGUUGCUUGAUGAAGUCAUAGUCGGAUUUGGGAGACUCUUCACCUCGCAAUAUGACAAGCAACGAGGGACCAGCACCAAACAAGGACAAGACAAGACACUGAUAAGCAGCAUCCCGCCUCCGGUUAUAGGCGCUGCGAGUGGAUCCUCCUCAACCGCCCACGACGAUUACUCGGAUCGCAACGGACAGAGGGAAGCGAUAGUAAUUGAAUGUGACGAGUUAUCGGGGAGGGGUCCUUCUCCACCUUCGAACGACGAUGACUGGGUGGCGGAGGAAGAGGAGGAGGAAGUGAGAAUGGGCUACUGGAAAAAUCGCAACCGGGAAGUGGAACAAGGUGAAAAUAUGGGAUACUGUGUGGGGGACCAAAGCGAGGAAGAACUGUUGAUAGACAGCUGUGGAUAUAAAUUUACUCCAUAGAGUGUUAAGCGAAAAGCAUGUUUUGUGAGAAAAGUAAAAUGGGAUAAAGUUUUUUAUGGACUACAAGUGAGUGAAUUGUUGGCUGGAAAGGCGAGAAAGGACAAAAAUGUUAAACGGUUUUACUAUGAACGGGCGAAGAGACUUUCCAAAUCGGAAGCAAAGUUUUUUUUUAGAAAUGAAGUUUAUCGAUGACAUCUGAAUCAGCAUGUGUAGAGUUUCCCAAAGACCACAUAAUUUGAAUAACAAUAUUAAUGUUAAAAGUCAUACAGAUAAAUAUUACUCUUAGAUGUUUUUGAAGAA